AGUUACUACUGGACAAUCCGGCGCCAGGCCCAUUUGCCAUUUUCACCGGAACAGCAGUAGCGGCAACACGCAUCGAGGUCCAACGGGCGUGCAACCUCACCUGGUUGAAGUCCAAUGUUCCGCCCUCGCCGUACUGUCGCAUAGAAUGCGAGGGCACUGUUGUCUGCACCAGUGUCUGCACAAGCACC